GUAGGUUUUGCUUGAGAAUUUGGCGCGAGAGAGCUAUGUCUGUGUUGACCACGUCGCUUUAUUUUUAAUCCCACUAGAGUUUUAGGCAAGGUACGCCAGUCUUGUAACGGGAUUGGUUGAUUCUUGUUUCUGAUGGACAUUGCAGCCAAUCAGAUUCCGGCUUCUUGCCUAGAACAUUAGUGGGAAUCACGUGACGACGCAUUUACUUCACAACUAAUCGAUUUAGUGGGCGCUUCAUGUUUUUGGAAGACGUUCUGUUCAUAUUCAUGCUGGAUUAUGUUAAAUUCGUUCAUUCGCCCCCUCCCUGUCAAAAUGGAUUGGACGUCCAGUACCGUCAAUGACAGUCAAUGAGUUAGCAGGAAGCGGCAGGGGAAAUGCCUGAAAAAUCAACAUGAAAUGAACCAAAAUUUACAGGAAGUGACUGGUUAUUCACCACGAAGUAGCUGAAGACUCACUAAGUUUGGACACCGCAAUGCCCGGCAUCCUCCCUCUUCCCGCUCACUUCGCCCUGGCCGAGCAGUCCUUCUCUCUGAAAAAGCGCCGCCGUCCUUUCUCCUCUUCAUCCACGUCCAACUCCUCCUUCUCAUCCCCCGACUUCUUGUCGCACUCUCUGCCCCCGCUACCGCCGUCCAAGGAGUUCCCGUCGGUUAGCCGCGUCUUUGCCGAGAAAACGGCCCCAUGGACGCCUCUGUCUUGUUCUCUCAGAAAGUCGCCCCUUGCGGAAUCUGCUUACGACCCCAAAAAGCAGCAGUCGUAUUUUAGCCAGUGCUUCACAACGCUAGGCUUGCUGGGAAGGGGCUCUUUUGGUGAAGUCUACAAGGUUCAAAAUAACCAAGAUGGCCGCCUGUACGCAGUCAAACGCUCGCUCAACCGCUUCAGGGGCGACCGCGACCGGGACUGCAAGAUCAGGGAGGCUCGCAACCACGAGCGAGUCUGCCCGCACCCUCACAUCCUCAACUUGGUGUCUGCAUGGGAGGAGGCCGGUCGCUUGUACAUCCAGACAGAACUUUGUCACACCAGUUUGCUCCUCCACGCCGAGAGUCAAACUCCGGGGAAUGACGAGCACGCAGCGUGGUCUUACUUGUGCGACCUCCUGUCGGCACUGGACCACCUGCACUCUCGCCGUUUCGUUCACCUGGACGUGAAGCCCGCCAACGUGCUGGUCACCGACUCGGGGCGCCUCAAACUGGGUGACUUCGGGCUCCUGCUGGAGUUCGGAGAAAGCGAGUCAAAGAAGGUAAGAGAAGAUGACCUCGGGGGAGAUCCCAGGUACAUGGCUCCCGAGCUUUUUCGGGGCGAGUACGGACCCACCGCGGAUGUUUUCAGUUUGGGUGUUUCCAUUUUGGAGCUCGCGUGCAAUAUUGAGGUCCCCAACGGUGGAGAAGGCUGGCAGCAACUCAGACACGGGCGCCUCCCUGAGGUCGCCAAGGGGCUUUCAGCAGACCUUCAGAAAGUUCUUCAGAUGAUGCUGACUCCGGAGCCUCGCAAAAGGCCGACAGUACCGGAACUUCUCGCGCUUCCGUCAGUGCGCAAACGCAGGUGGAAGAGACGUGCUUACCUUUUGUUGGCGGAAACAAUUCUUACAUUGACCUUCUACUGCAAGAUGGUAUUCGGCUUCAGUCGGCGCCUUUUCUCUUCACUUUACCUGCCAGUCUUCCGGACCGAGCAGGCACCCUGCACGCCUCACAAAGACUGCUGGGAACGGGAGGCCACGCUGUCUCUCCGCGACACCUCAGAGGCGCUCGCCAUGGAGGACUCGCCGAGAUUCUCGCAAAGGAUAAACUCCGCAGUAAGUUUGAAAAUCACGUCCACUCCUCUCCAAAUUUCCCCGCCGUGCGGCAACCGGAGUCCCCACCUGGAUCCAUUUGACUGGUCGCCGUCUUACGAAGCCCGCGGACCCUCAAACGUCCACUCCAGUGACUCCUCGACACACAGCACCCCUACUCACACUGGACGCAUUAGACGUUCGUCGCGCCAAAAGCGCUCAGAUGACAGCUUGAACCAGUCCGGCUUCGGGCCUAAAAAUCUGCUGUGUCUGUUUGAGGACAGCGUCGGGGAGGGACAGUCGUGACUUGGAAAAUGACCGUUUCUUUCAAAAUAUAUUGACUUCCUGCAUGAACGCACUGUUAUUCACAAAGUUGUAUAUGAAAACCAGCCAAUGAGUUGAUGUCACUUUAAUGCAUGUUUUUUGUGUUGUUGUGAGCAAUUAGUUCUGAGAUUGUUCUUGUUGAAAGAUUUGCUUGUAAAUACAUGUUUGAUGAUGCCUGUUGAGAAACAGUUGAGUGCAGAAUUUUUGCCAGGAUUUUUGGGAUGGUUGUAAAAUUGAAUUAGGUGAUGUCCCCUAAAUUUCUUGCAUUCUGGCCCGCCCCUACCACUAGGUGGAUAACCAAAUAUUGCCAACGUGAUACUUUGUAGCCCAAAAGGUUAUAAAUACAGUGCCCUCCAUAAUUAUUGGCACCCCUGAAAAAGAUGUGUUUUUUAGCAUCUAAUAAUUUUUUUUUAAAUUUAAAUAAUAUGGGACCUUCAUGGAAAAAAAGAAAAAUCCAACCUUCAAUACAAUUGCAUUCAUUCAGUGGGGAAAAAAUCCCACAUAAAGAAAAAAUUAUUUGACAUCAAAUAAUGUGUGUCACAAUUAUUAGCACCCCUGGAGUUAAUACUUUGUACAACCCCCUUUUGCCAACAAAACAAGGUCUGGGGACUGAGAUGGCCAUGGGAGGAGCUUGAUUUUGUGUCUGGUGAACCAUUUCUGUGUAGAUUUGGCCAUGUGUUUAGGGUCAUUGUCUUGCUGAAAGACCCAGUGACGACCCAUCUUCAGCUUUCGGGCAGAGGGCAACAGAUUUUGAUUUAAAAUGUCCUGGUAUUUCAAAGCAUUCAUGAUGCCAUGCACCCUAACAAGGUUCCCAGGGCCUUUGGAAGCGAAACAGCCCCACAGCAUCACUGACCCACCCCCAUACUUCACAGUGGGUAUGAGGUGCUUUUUAGCAUGAAAUAGCGCGGGUUGCAGACCCCCGAUCUAAAAGAAAGGUCAUUUCUA